AUGAAGAUGGGUUCGUCCUCCUCUUGGUGCCUCCUGGUGCUCCUGCUCGGCGUGUGCGCCUCCUCAGCCGCGCUCACGCGUGCUAACGCCAGACGCGGCGGAACACUUGGGCCCUAUAAACAGGACCUACUGGACUCGUCCCUGGCCGAGGUGGUUCUUUGGGACCUCCUCCAGAUGGAGAACGAGGCGACGGAGGACGACGAGGACGAGCGAGGGCAGAGGCGGUCCGGGGAAGCCGAGGAGCGCCCCGGAGCUCCCGGGCUCGCCCAGCUCGUGGGGCCUCGCGAGAGGAAAGCGGGAUGCAAGAACUUCUUCUGGAAAACGUUCACGUCCUGCUGA